GUUUGUGUUUCAGUGUCUCAGAAAUUCUCCCUAUAUGAUGAUAAUCUGGAAAUCUGGAAUUGCAGUUUCCUAUUUUUGACUGCGAUUCUUGUUUGUAAAUUCUAUGCUAUCAAUUUGUCCGGCGCACACGAGGCGGCACGGGUCCCUACAUGGUGACACCAGUGCAGGAAGCAAAUGCCAUGACAGCAUCCAAACACGCUGCUUUGAUGGUGCAGAUAUCUGGAGUGACCACGCCAGGUUUUGAAAGAGGCAUCUGAUAUCACGAAAUACCAAGAUAUACGAGACGGGGAGGAUGCAAAGUGUUUUCUCAGAGGAGCAAAUAUGAGUGUGACGUCAUGGUUUCUGGUUAGCAGCUCUGGCACCCGCCACCGACUGCCAAAGGAGAUGAUCUUUGUUGGGAGGGAAGACUGUGAGCUCAUGCUUCAGUCUCGCAGUGUGGAUAAACAGCAUGCAGUCAUUAACUUCAGCCCUGCCACAGAUGAACACCUGGUUAAAGAUCUGGGCAGUCUGAAUGGGACAUUUGUGAAUGACCUAAGGAUCCCUGAUCAGACCUACAUCACUCUGAAGCUGUCUGACAGCAUUCGCUUUGGAUACGAUUCCCAUGUGUAUGUUCUCGAGCGGAGUCAACACAAAGUUCCAGAGGAGGCCCUUAAGCAUGAGAAAUACACCAAUCAGCUACACAUGGGUUUGAAAGCCAGUGAGGAGAAGAGGCAAGAUCUGCAAGAGGAGAGAUCUAAAUUAGAGAGAUUUGAACGCAAGGGUCUCACAGAGGCCCCUGUACCUCGUCCCACACCACUGUAUGGCCAGCCAUCAUGGUGGGGAGAAGAGGACUUGGGAAACAAGGGUCCAGAUAAUGAAUCAUGCAAGAUAGACAACAGAUAUACUGAGAUUCAUAAAGAGGACCUUGAUGCUGAAGCAGAGGUCAGUGGCUCUCUUCAGGAUUUUCAUGAUAGCCAAAGCAAAUCAGCAUUUGUGUACCAUCGGGAGCCAAGCUAUUUUGAGAUUCCCACCAAGGAGUUCCCAACACACCCAGUGACCCCAGCAGUGGAGCUAAACGAUUUUCCAACCAAAGAUACUAAUGCUCUCCUGACUCCCACACCACCAGUUGUCCAGAGCCAUGCCUCGUUCACCAUUGAGUUUGAUGAAUGCACACCAGGAAAGAUAAAAAUCAAGGACCAUGUGACUAAGUUCUCAUCUCACCAGCGCAGCAAACAGCAGCAGAAUAGGAAGCCACUGGCUACUGCACCUGUGGAUGUUCUGUCAGCCGAGAGUAAGGUGGCUGACUGGUUGGUGCAGAGUGAUGUCAGCAUGAUUCAUAGGCGGCCACCUUGUGAUGAUGUCUACAGCACCAAGAGUGAUCUUGCUAUGCACAUUAGGACACUCAAAGGCCACCAUCAUGAAGAUGGUACUCAAAGUGAUUCAGAAGAUCCAGUAAUUAAAGAAAAGGGAAGCAAUUCACAUUACUCAACCCAGUUACACCAAUCAACCAUUUCCAAAAUAUCUGGGACAUCUGAUACAUUGCCACCCCAACAGUCCAUCCAUUCCAAUGGUUCUUUCCAGCCUCAGCCACUGUUACCAUUCAAACAAGUUCAGGACUUUUACGUGCAUCCAGAGAAAAAUGAUGCUACACAUGUGGAGGAAACCACCUCUCUUACUGAAAGUCUCGUGAAGUCUGGACAUCGGGAGACCCUUAGCCAACAGGCCUUUAUCAUUGAGUUUCUCGAUGACAAUCCCCGAAAGAAGCGUUCGCAGUCAUUCACCCACAAUCCAGCACAUGCAGAAACCUAUUCUGCUCUGAAGGCCAAAUUGGACAGACGUAAGGGUGGGGCUUAUGGUGAAAGACCCGCCUCAGUGCAUGGGCAUAUUCCUGCUACACAGCAAAUUACAGUUCCUCUUAAAGGCUCCAGUCAUAGUGGUCUCCAAAGGUCCAGUUCACUAAAGAGGGAGAAAACAGAAGAGCCAAUUAACCGGAGCAGUAUUUCUCCCUCCUCAUCUGGCCCUUCCUCUCGUUGUUCUCCAGCUAUUACCAGUAAGCCUUUUGGUAGUGUUGGAAAGAAGUCUAAGAUGGCUCAAGAUUUUUCUGCUGAGUUACAUAAGGACUCGGAACAGAUAUCUCCAUCACCCAAGUCAGCACCACCAGUGAUGGUGUCUCCAGCUCACAAUCUUCUCACACCAUCUCCACCAAAUACAUGUGGGCCCUCCAGUGUCUCCUACACAUCCUCUCCAUCUCAGCUACCGGCACUUUCCCAGGCAAUUUUUUCAUCCUCUUCCCCUGUCACAGUUCCAUCUCACCAACCAACCUUGAGUCUAGUCUCCAGUACCUCCCCUGUAAGCUCAUCCUUCCCCCAGCUUUCUUCAGUAGCAGUGUCUGGGGUAGAUUCAAAGUCCUCUAGGAUGGUGCACACAGAGGAGGAAGAUAGUUUAAGUGAUGCUGGAACCUACACCAUUGAGACAGAAUCUCAGGAUAAAGAAGUGGAAGAGGCUCGGAAUAUGAUCGAUCAGGUUUUUGGUGUACUUGAUGCCCCAGAAUACAGUGGUCAAACCUUUGGAGUUUAUAGACCUGUCAUCAAUGAGCAAGCAAUCUUUAACCAUGUUCAGAGUGGAUCUGUUGAUAUGCCAACAGCAGGUCUUAGUGGCAGUCUCAGUGGGGACCCAGCUAGCUUGGUGCAGGGACAUACUGACCUGGAGGGACAACCUAAAUGGGUGUCUCGGUGGGCAAGCCUAGCAGACACUUACAGUGAAGCUGGUACCACACAGGCACCUUCAGGAACUUCAACCCAAGGAGAGCUUGCCAUCAGAGAUGGCAGAGUGGCACUGAUGGUUAGCCAAAGUUUAGAGAAUUCAGAAUCAGAGUGCAGUCAGAGCUCCAGAACCAGGAGACUUCUUCCUCAAGUCCCUCCUGCAGGAGAGAAGCAGGAGAUUUCCACACCAAACAUUCUGAUCCAACAUAACCCCAACCUGAAUAAUGAGCCAACAGAAAGAAGCUCCAGAACACCACAGCAGCAGGAGUCUACCCACAGGCUGAAGGUCCAGGAUGAUGUAGAUCCUGAUAGCUUGAGUGACACAAGUCGUUCAGAUGAUGGUUCCAUCCUUGACAGAAACACAAGGACUCAGGGGCAUCACAGGCCUACUACACCAUCACCAACUGAAAAUGUUCCCCACAAGGUGCCAGCAACCACACCUAAAUCCACUUCAUUCUACAUUGGUUCUGAGGAUGGUUCAUGUAAAUCGGAUACUUUCCGGAUUGCUGCUCUGUCCCAGACUGACAGAGAUCCCUCUUUAAAGCUGCCUCCAACUACUGUCUUGAUAAGACACCUAAGCAGCCAUGAGCCAAGGCGGCCGGUGAAGCCUAACUCUUCAGCACCCAACCUUCAAAAUCAAGAGAGAGAUGCAGUGUUCUCCAAAGAGCACUACUCAUCAUCUUUUGUCCGUCAGGAGAGCUUUACCAAAGAUCGGCCAAGUGACAACAUUCAGGUUAAAAGGUUACCACACAUCUCUAGUCACCCUGCCUUAAGGGACCUAGGAACAGGAGGAAGUGACAGUGCUUUAUCUGAUGAUAUGAGAAAUUUGGUGUCCCAAGAGAGCAAGCAAGCAGUAUCUGCUCAGCCAUGUAAAAAUGGGGGUUCCCUUGGACAAGCAGACGAUUCUCUUUCUGGUGAAUCAGAUGUGGACACUGCCAGUUCUGUGAGUGUGGUCAGCAGUAAAAAUGCCCCAGUCAGUGCAUCCAUCAAACGGACAUCUUCCAAUGGACUCUGUAAGGACAAAUGUGCUUCUAGUCUGUCUGCUCAACCAACAGCUCGUGAUCGACUUUCAGAAAAACGACGUAACCAUGCCACUGCAGAUAACACUGCAAAAGCUGAGGUAGCCCACCAUUUCCAGUUACACCACAGUGCUGGUAACCGUGCUUCGUUAGAUCUCUCUGAGAACCAGAACAGCCAUGGCCAGCAGCUGUGGCCUGACACUGCUGCCUCUGACCACGAGUCAUGCUCAAGACCUGCCAACCACAAGAAACUCACAGGAACCCUGCAAAAGGAAGAUAUUAGGAAAUCAAACAAAGCAGGUCUUCAAGUGCUGACUCGAUCCAACAGUCUUUCAGCCCCCAGACCCACCCGAGCCUCCAUGCUGCGUCGUGCCCGGUUGGGAGAUACUUCUGACAAUGAGGGAGCAGAAACAGACCGUGGCUCUCAGAGUUCAGAGCACACAAAGAUUCCUGGUGAUGGGAAGAAACUGUCUAGGUUGGACAUUCUGGCCAUGCCCCGCAAGCGCACAGGGUCUUUCACUGCUCCAAGUGAUAAUGAAUCAAUUAGUGUCAAACCCGGGACACCCAGCCGUGCAGCUGAAAGUAGCAUCAGUGGGCGUAAACUUUCUUCAGGGGAACCAAAACAGACAACCAUUAAAGGGACUUCAGCUGUAGAGAAACAUUCCUCCAUGCGCACACGCACUAGCCAGGCAAAACACAAUAGCACAAACAGUUCUCGACGGAGACAGAAGGGUUUCGACUAUUCUUCUACAUCAGAGGAGGAGUUUGAAACCAGUUCCAAUUCUAAAAACAAACAUGCUCAUGCAUCAGCCUCAACGCAGACGCAGACACAAACACCAAAAAAGAAGAUCCAAGCUCGGCUGAAGCCUGGUUCCUUGGAGACAGAGGAGGAAGAAGCUCAGAAUAAACACUACCAAGACUGGUCCACUCACAGUGCAGAAAUUGCCAGGCUAAGUCAAGAUCUGGCCAAAGAUCUUGCCAUCCUAGCACGUGAAAUCCAUGAUGUAGCUGGAGAUGGCGAUGCCCAAACAUCUUCGGUCAUGGGAACCAAUACAUCUCCAGGCUCCAUGCCCAACACCCCUGCAUCUACUAUCUCUGCCAGAGAGGAGCAGCUGGUGCAUCACAUACCUGAGGCAAGUCUGAACUACCAGAAAGUUCCUCCAGGCUCCACCAGUCCAGUUGACUCAAAUAUGAAUGACUCCAAACGGCGUACCUGGACCCGUGAAGAGGUCCUGUUGGACAACCUAAUGCUCAACCCUGUUUCUCAGCUGUCUCAGGCAAUCAGAGAAAACACAGAGCAGCUGGCUGAGAAAAUGAAGGCUUUGUUUCACAACAAGACAGCGGUGUGGGAGGAGACUGAAGCAAAGAUCAAUGCUGAAAAUGAAGUUCCUAUCAUUAAAACCUCAAACAAAGAAAUCUCCUCUAUUCUUCAAGAACUGAGAAGAGUGCAGAGACAGCUAGAGGUGAUCAACACAAUUGUUGAGCCUGUAGGAGCCUCCAAGUUAACCUCUGUGCCUCCAGUGGGAAAGACCAAGCCCAGCUCCACAGCUCGGAAUGCCAAUACCAGUGCCAAAAGAGGGAGUGAGCGGGAUAGACAUGUAGUGUGAAUGGUCCACUUCUGUGGGACUGAGCGGGAGAGACAUGUAGUGUGAGUGGUCCACUUCUUCAUUCCUCAAGAGUACUGUUCAUACCGUAUACAUACAAUGAUUGUAAUUUUCUUCAUACAUUGUUAUACUUGGAAAAAUACAUGCUAUGCUUUCUAAAUACUAGUAGUACAAUGCACAAGCUAAAGUAGGAUAAGGCAAAAAAAAAAAUAUUAAAUUAAAAAUAUAUUGCUUGCUUCAAACAGUGGAAAGAAUAAAUCAAUGUGGCUCAUUUUCUUGUAAAGGAGUAGAUGCAGAAAAUUCCAGUUAUGUGGUGCUAUCCCAGUACCAUGUCUUGUACGUUCUGACUCCUUGAAGGCCUGUGGGGGACUCAAAUGUAAAUCAUUUGCCUUCCGCACUGCUGAAAGGUCAAAACAGAAUUGCCUUGUACAGCUGGAUUGUUCACAGGGGCAUAUGAACAGGCUUGGCAAGAACUUGAUGGAAAGUAAUUUAUCCCUGACAUCAUUUCAGACCGCUGUAAUUGUCAAUAAUUGUGAUUGUGGCCUGAUGUUUUUGACCAUUGUGAUAAGGGAAUGAUAUUAUGAUUUAGGAUCUUACGUCAGUGCUUAUGAGAAUGUGUGUCAUGAUACUCAGCUCCAUUAAAUUCAUAAUCAUUUUAAAAUAGCAACUUACUGUGUGUUAUGAAGCUAUAAACUGUGUAUUAUGAAUUAAGACUAUAAAAGCCUGUGAGUGGAUGGAUGAGUAAUCACUAAUGAAUAUAAAAUUAUGUAUGUCCUAAGGGGAAAGUUCUUAAUUUUGCGUAAGCGGGUGAGUUGUGUUACGUAACCUUAAGAUAGAAUGUGAUGUAUGACGUUGAAGUGUGAUUUCGUUUGAAGGGAAACAUGGGUCAUUGCUGUGGAAUGCUGUGUGACUGUAUGAGCUACAGAAUGACAGCUCUAUGCUUCAUCUGAGUGGAUUAUCUGCUUUACUAUCUUAAACAAAGGACACUUCCCCUUCAUAAGCUCACAUUCUCUUGAUUGAAAUUUUAGGUCACUUGUUUGUAAUUUAAUUGUAACAUGAUUGUAUUGUGAAUUUUUAUGAACUGUUACUGUAUUUAAUUCAAGGUGGCAAGACAUGUAGUAUGUGUGGAACUAUGGCAAAAUCCAUAAUCUGAUAGACAAGCUUUCAGAGAUCUAUUACUUAAGAAGACAACAUACACGCUGUAGUACAGUAAUAUAGUCAUCAACAAAUUCACUAAUGUCAACAUUAUUAACAGGAAUUUGUUUGUGGAAUGAACCUUUUCAAAACGAUUGAGCCUAUGUAAUUACUGUAAAAUGGUGUUUUCCGUUUAGUCUACUCAGUUUUGAUGUGUGAAAAACAAUGAGCACAAAUCCAGCUUUAGUUACAAGGUUAUUUAUGAUUUGAUCAACUUUACAACUCUACUGUUGUAUGAGAAUCUCAAAAUGUCCUGGGCUGUCUUACUUUCUAUCCUAGGUAUUCUGAGUAUGAAACUCUAUCCAGAAAUGUGGAAACACAAUUCACUCACAUUUACGUAGCCUUGUAUAAUCACCACCCACUUUAUUAGAAGCAUUUAAUAAAGCAGGAACACUACGGACCAAAUAUUUUGUGUAAUAGACUAUUCUCAAUAUAGCUUAUAACACUGACAUGGUAAGGAUUUUGGAUGUGGAUUUAUAGCUAGUAUAAAGUUAUUGGGCAUAGCAGUGUUAUUGAAGUUUGAAUAUGUAUCAGGGUCACAGCUGGGAUGUGAGUGGUCUUCCAUUCAAAAAUCUGUCAUAUACUGGCAAUAGAUGAAGACAUGGUGCAUGGUAAACAUAAAUUGUGCAUGACAAAAAAGAGGCUAGAAUCUUUAACCUUAUCCAUAACACUAACCUACAAAGUGUUUCUAAUAAAGGUUUAUGUUUAUAAAUUUAUGAACAUGUAAUGUUCAUAAAAUAGGUGGUGAGUUUAUAAAUACAUGCGUAUUUAUGUGUAGGGCCCUACUAAAUUCAUGGACUAUGUUUCUCAAAAAUGAUUUCACAAAUUUUCAGAUUUCACAAAUUUUAGAAGAUUAAUUCUACAUUGAAGAGCAUUUAUUAAAUAACACUUGACUUUAUUGCUAGGAUAAUAGCUUGGCCUUGAUAGGCUAGUCUAUUAUGAUGAGCUAAUUGUCUAUAUUAAUUGCUUAUUGAACAUCAGUACACAGUGUUAUGCUUUGUUCUUUGUCACUGUGAUGAAACUACUUGCGUUUUGACAAAGCUGUCUCCGUGUCAGAAAUUGCAGAUGGACAACACUAACAUUAGUUUAGCAAGAUGCAGAUCAAGAAUGUAACAUUAGCUAGCUACUUUAUACUAAGAAUGUAAUUACCAGCUAGCUACUUUUAGGAAAUCCACUGUGCAAAGUUCUUGUGUGACUCAUUUCCACAGCAAAAGAAAAACGUGAUGUGCUCUGGCAUUUUACUCUGCACUGUCCAAUGAAGGUCUAUAUCCGAUUUCUUUCCCAAUUUAGCUUUAUUUUAGAGAAAAUUGGACUGAAUUCAUAAUAUGUGAUGCAAUUUUCAUGGCCAAGAAUUUAGUAGGGACACAUUUAUGUACGUCUUAUUUUUGCAUUCUUUGAAAAAUUGUAAUUUAGUAGCCCCAAUAUCAGUUUAUAAAAGUAGAAAAUGUUGAUAAGGCCAAAAACUCCAUUAAGCUUUGGUGUGUAUUGAAGACACCGGUAAAAGGUAUACGUCUAUACCAGGCAGGUAGGCAUAAUCAUUUCUCACUAACAACUGCCAUUAGAGGAAAACACAGAGCAUAUAACAUGGAACUAGGUACCUUGCUGGACACUGAAUUGAAGGCCUUCUCCUUGGAUGAAUUUGAGUAAGAAUGUGCAAUGUGCCCCAAGCAUUAAGUGCAUUAAAAAAGAAAAUCAAGACAGGUUGGCUUAUAUUAGCAAAUGUCUUAAGUAUAGAAAUUAGCUCAUACUUCUCAGUCAGACACAAACUGUCCGAAAUUAGCUAAUGUUCCAGGGCUCCUAUCGGCUGUUGGUCCCUACUCAGGAAAAUGUUCGUGGCCUUGGCACACAAAACUGACUGGGUGCUGUUUGCACCAAGCAGAGACUGAGACCAGUAUUGGUGGCCAGGAAUGGAUAGCUCUGUUAAGGAAAAAAAAUUCAUGUCAUAUGUUGCAUGUCAGAUGAAUGAGAAAAGCACAGAGGUUCAAGUAUCACCACUCUGGCCUGUUACUUUACCUGAUGGCCCAUGGCAAAAUGUGGGGAUUGAUAUUGUAGGGCCAUUUGACUCAGCCAGAUAUGAAUGUCACUUUGCAAUAACCUUAAUAGUACACAGGUGAGCUUCAUUAUCUGCAAGCAAUGAAGCAGUAGAACAGUGGAAUUGUUGAGGAGACAAUGCUCUCUGCUAAUCUGGAGAAAAAACCUUGAAGUUUGUGCAGGAUUUCCUACUUGUUUUUGAAGCCACCUCACAUGCUACAACAGGCACGUCACCCUAUAUGCUGAUGUUCAACUGCAAAAUUUGUUUCCUUCGAAUUUCUUUUAACCCUUUGAUGCUGGUUAAUAUUACAUGGAGUACCUGCUAAUGUUAGAAGGGGAAAUUAUUUUCAAUGUACUCUUGUGUGUCUUCCCCAUAAAAUGUUAUAUAGUGGAGUACAUUUUCAGUGCUGUGACGAGAAUAAGAAAACAACAAAUGGGAUAUUUUAUUCUAUUCUCAUACCCAUUUCUCUUAAAACUAGAGGAAAAUAUUGCAUAUUGUCUGAUCUGCUUUAUGCCCACUUGGUGGUGCUAUAACAAAAGACUGUAUGCGGUAGAAAGAGUAAAGAAGGAAAGCAGUGAAAAGACACGCGCUAUUGUGAGUCUGGUUUAUUCUUUUACUCAGUUAGAAUACCACGUUGCUUUAUUUUCAGCACUAAUGUAUCAGCGUUUUUAUCCUUACUGAAGUAAUUUUCAGGGAGAGACUACCAAAUUAAAGCAGUUCAUGGUGAAGCUUUAAAUAGCGAGUGUCUAAAUAGCAGUAAUGGUACAGAAUCUGGAGUAAAGGCAAUUGUAUAAAACAAGUUAAAUAUGAAAUAGAUAUUCGUAAAAACCACUAUUGUGCUUUGCCGAAUACUGUAUUCUUGAUUUGGCUCCACCUUGUAUACAAGUGUACACAAAAUAAAUAUACAACUUCUAAAUUAUUUAUUGCUUUUAUGAAUAUAAACUUUUGCAAACUGACUAAUCACUGUGCAUUCAUGUCCACACAAUAGUAGUAUAGCAACACUUACCUUUCACCAUCUGAACAUUCAUCAUCUAUAAUCAUCAUGUUGGCUCCUCAUUUAAACUUUGCCGACAAAAAAACAAGAAAAGAUUUAGGCAAUGGUAAAUGCAUCUGUUACAGUGGAAUGGUCACUUAAAAAAAAAAGUUAUCCUCAGUAAAAUUUAAUGUUUUCACAAAAAUACAAUAGUUUGAGGAAAUGACUUGCCUCAGGGCAAAUAAAAAAUAUCAGUAUCAUGCAAGUGAUACCACAACCAUUAAUACUUAUUAAUAUUUGUACCUUGUUUUCAUUAAUUUGUCCUGUGUGAGUGCCGUUUGUUAUCUUUUGUGUCUCAUGCUUAAUAAAUGUCUGUCUUCGUCGA